UUCACCGAGCGGUGUCUCUCAGCUGCUGUGUCCCGGUUCCCACGGCUUGUCUUUGUGACUCGCUCUCCUUGCCAGCCAGCCCUCCUCAUCCAGCCCGGGGUCUCGCGCGCGUAUCUGGGCAGCGCGGAGCCUGCUGCCAUGAAGCCAGCGAGGACUAAGACGCCCAGAAAACUUGUAGUGAAAAAAGGAUCCCAAACGAGUCUUAAAGAUCCAGUUGGGGUCUACUGUAGGGUGCGCCCACUGAGCUUUCCUGAUCAAGAGUGUUGCAUAGAAGUGAUCAAUAAUACAACCGUUCAACUUCAUACUCCUGAGGGUUACAAACUCAACCGAAAUGGAGACUAUAAGGAGACUCAGUAUUCAUUUAAACAAGUAUUUGGUACUCAUACCACCCAAAAGGAGCUCUUUGAUGUUGUGGCUAAUCCCUUGGUAGAUGACGUUAUUCGUGGCAAAAAUGGUCUCCUUUUUACAUAUGGUGUGACGGGAAGUGGAAAAACCCACACCAUGACUGGUUCUCCAGGGGAAGGAGGCCUACUUCCUCGUUGUUUGGACAUGAUCUUUAACAGUAUAGGGUCAUUUCAAGCUAAACGAUAUGUUUUUAAAUCUAAUGAUAGGAAUAGCAUGGAUAUACAGUGUGAAGUUGACGCCUUACUAGAACGGCAGAAAAGAGAAGCCAUGCCCAAUCCAAAGACCCCCUCUAGCAAACGACAAGUAGAUCCAGAGUUUGCAGAUAUGAUAAAUGUACAAGAAUUUUGCAAAGCAGAAGAGGUUGAUGAAGAUAGUGUCUAUGGUGUAUUUGUCUCUUAUAUUGAAAUAUAUAAUAAUUACAUAUAUGAUCUACUGGAAGAGAUGCCAUUUGAUCCCAUAAAGCCCAAACCUCCACAAUCUAAACUGCUUCGUGAAGAUAAGAACCAUAACAUGUAUGUUGCAGGAUGUACAGAAGUAGAAGUGAAAUCUACUGAGGAGGCUUUUGAAGUUUUCUGGAGAGGCCAGAAAAAGAGACGUAUUGCUAACACACAUCUGAAUCGUGAGUCCAGCCGUUCCCACAGUGUGUUCAACAUUAAAUUAGUUCAAGCUCCACUGGAUGCAGAUGGAGACAAUGUCUUACAGGAAAAAGAACAAAUCACUAUAAGCCAGCUGUCCUUGGUAGAUCUUGCUGGAAGUGAAAGAACUAACCGGACAAAAGCAGAAGGGAACAGAUUACGAGAAGCUGGUAACAUUAACCAGUCACUAAUGACACUAAGAACAUGUAUGGAAGUCCUGAGAGAGAACCAAAUGUAUGGAACUAACAAGAUGGUUCCAUAUCGAGAUUCAAAGUUAACCCAUCUAUUCAAGAACUACUUCGACGGGGAAGGAAAAGUCCGCAUGAUCGUAUGUGUGAAUCCAAAAGCUGAAGAUUAUGAAGAAAGCUUGCAAGUCAUGAGAUUUGCGGAAGUGACCCAAGAAGUUGAAGUAGCAAGACCAGUAGACAAGGCAAUAUGUGGCUUAACGCCUGGACGGCGGUACAGAAACCACCCUCGGGCAGGUCCAGUUGGAGAUGAACUGCUAGUUACAGAAGUGGUUUUACAGAGUUUUCCACCUUUGCCAUCUUGUGAGAUUUUGGAUAUCAAUGAUGAGCAGACUCUCCCCAGGCUGAUAGAAGCAUUAGAGAAACGCCAUCAGCUACGACAAAUGAUGAUUGAUGAGUUUAACAAACAAUCUAUUACUUUUAAAGCUAUGUUGCAAGAAUUUGACAAUGGUGUUUUAAAUAAAGAAAACUACAUUCAAGGAAAACUAAAUGAAAAAGAAAAGGUGAUCUCAGGACAGAAAUUGGAACUAGAACGACUGGAGAAGAAAAACAAAACUUUAGAAUAUAAGAUUGAAAUUUUAGAGAAAACAACUACUAUCUAUGAAGAAGAUAAGCGCACUCUGCAACAGGAACUUGAAACCCAGAAUCAGAAACUUCAGCGACAAUUUUCUGACAAACGCCGACUCGAAGCCAGGCUGCAAGGCAUGGUGACAGAAACAACAAUGAAGUGGGAGAAAGAAUGCGAGCGUCGAGUGGCAGCUAAACAGCUGGAAAUGCAAAAUAAACUCUGGGUGAAAGAUGAAAAACUGAAACAACUGAAGGCUAUUGUUACUGAACCCAAAACUGAAAAGCCAGAGAGACCGUCUCGGGACCGUGAUCGAGAAAAAGCUCCUCAAAGAGCUGUUUCUCCACCACCAGUACCUCUUCCUAGUAACUAUAUUGCUCAGAUUUCCAACGGCCAGCAACUCAUGAGCCAGCCACAGCUACAUAGGCGCUCUAACUCUUGCAGCAGCAUUUCUGUAGCUUCCUGUAUUUCGGAAUGGGAACAGAAAAUUCCUCCAUACAACACACCUGUCAAUGUCACAUCCAUUGCAAGGCGUAGGCAGCAGGAACCAGGACAGAGUAAAACUUGUAUCGUGUCAGACAGAAGGCGAGGGAUGUACUGGACUGAAGGCAGGGAGGUGGUUCCUACAUUCAAAAAUGAGAUAGAAAUAGAAGAGGAUCAUUGCUGCAGGAAUGUACCACCACUUCGUCUCCGACACAGACGAUCACGCUCUGCAGGAGACAGAUGGGUAGAUCAUAAGCCUGCCUCUAACGUGCAAACUGAAACAGUCAUGCAGCCACAUGUCCCUCAUGCCAUCACAGUAUCUGUUGCAAAUGAAAAGGCACUAGCUAAGUGUGAGAAGUACAUGCUGACCCACCAGGAACUAGCCUCCGAUGGGGAGAUUGAAACUAAACUAAUUAAGGGUGACGUUUAUAAAACAAGGGGUGGUGGACAAUCUGUUCAGUUUACUGAUAUUGAGACUUUGAAACAAGAAUCACCAACUGGUCGAAAACGAAGAUCUUCUACAGUAGCACCUACCCAACCAGAUGGUGCAGAGUCUGAAUGGACCGAUGUAGAAACAAGGUGUUCUGUGGCUGUAGAGAUGAGAGCAGGAUCUCAACUGGGACCUGGAUAUCAGCAUCACGCACAACCCAAGCGCAAGAAGCCAUGAACUGACAGUCUCAUUAAUGAAAGAACAUUUUCAUUUUGUUGGUGAUUUCCCCUAAAACCAUGCCAGAAGGAGUCUUCUGAGUCAUCUUGUAGAAGUCCAACCAUGUUGACUAUCACAGACCUCAGAUACAUCAUACACUAGCCUAGAUCAAAGAUUUCCCUGUGGUUCCAAAGACAGCUAGUAUUCAACAAACUUUUUACAUUGUAUGCCUUGCCAUAUUUAAUAUUAAUAGCAGAGAAAGACCCACCCCCCCUUUUCUCAUUGCCAUAUGAACUUUUUAAUAAUGCUAUUUUUUGUAUAUUUCUUGUAUACUGAUAAACUAAUUCAUGCAAGUGUUUGUCUUGGGUGAUUAAGGAAGAAUAUAUCUAGAUCACGCUUUAUUUUUUAUUGUGACAUUUCCAGCUUUUGUCUGAAUGUUUCUUAAGGUUUUAUAAACAAAACAUGCUGCUAUUGAUUAGCUGCAAGAAUGCACUUUAGACAUAUUUGACGAUGCAAACUUUCAAAAUAAAGAUGUCAGUGGCCAAUACUAAAACCAUUUUAGGAAGUUGUUUUGAACUUUGUAUGUAUCUAUUCAUUUUCUGACACUUAGAUAUGCCAAAAGAAUUGAAAUAAAAAGCACUAAGAAAUACCAAGUUGUGUGAUAGUCAAAACAUAUUCCCAGUACCUAGCACUGUGUCUUGCAUUUAGCUGGCACUCCUUUGUGGAAUGAAAUAAAAGAAAGCACUAGAGGUUUCUUUCACAUUGGGGCUACUUGUUUUAGCACACAGGAAUGGUUUUGAAAAGGUAUUUUCCUUGCUGAGAACCAGGAAUCUUACCCCAACCCACAUGUAUAACCUGCUGGAGUACGAUGGCCGGCGGAUAAUCCUUAAUACAGUGUUUGA